GAUAGCUCCAGAGCAGCGUAGCUAUCCACUUCUCGUCUUCCCCCGUUCCCUGUGAUAAUUGAUUGAGACUGACGACACGUACGGCUAAGCUACUAGUAGUAGUCUAUCAGUCGGAGCUUGGCACGAUCUUGGCACCGGCCACCGCUGUGUGUGAGACUAAAAAAGCCGGGGAGGUGCUGGCGGACCAAGCAAGAAGAGCCAGGUAUGGUUACGGUGCUCGCCGUGACGGCUUCAGCAGCUCCAGCACCGCCCUUCCGCUUCCGGCCCUCUUUGGCGGCUGCGCGCUUCAGCCCGGGCGCACGACUGGCUGACAGAUGUAGAACGCAAGCUUGCGGGUUGAGAUGCUGGAUUGCUGCCAAGGUGAAGUUCCAGAAGGCCCUGAAACAGCAUGGAUGGCAAGUUCAGAGAAAGCUGGAAGUUCUAGGGGAUGAAUCUGGAGGUGAAACAGCAAAUACAAGUUCUGAUGCUUCGGAUAGCUCAAUCAAUGAGGAAAAUUCAAUGCAUCUGGGUGUCAACCACUCUGAAGCUGAACCUCCUGUAGUAAAGGAAGAUCUUGUUCUGUUUGAUCACUUUGAUGACCAAUCUGAAAGUGUACCACCUCUUUGCAUUGCUGUAAUUGGAGCUACUGGUGAACUGGCAAAAACUAAAGUCUUCCCAGCACUAUUUGCUCUCUAUUACAGUGGUUUUCUUCCUCGGAAUGUUGCUAUAUUUGGAUAUUCUAGGAAGACAUUAGCAGAUGAGGAUUUAAGAUCCAUAAUUGAAGCCAAUCUUACCUGCCGGGUUGAUCACCAUGAAAACUGUGAAGAGAAGUUAAAAGAAUUCCUUAAAAGGACAUACUAUAUCGAUGCAGGACAUGAUAACAAAGAUGGAAUGGAGAAAUUAAAUUCAAAAAUGGCACAUAUAGAGGGCACUCAUGCAGCAAACAGGAUAUUCUACCUUGCUGUUCCCCAAGAAGCACUUCUUGAUGUUGCAUUGCCACUAGCUAACAGUGCCCAGACUAAGCAUGGCUGGAAUAGAAUAAUUAUUGAGAAACCAUUUGGCUUCACUAGUUUGUCCUCACAACGGGACACAGAGUCUCUGCUGUCAAGAUUUGAGGAGAAGCAAAUUUACCGAAUUGAUCAUCUUUUGGGGAAGGAUCUAAUCGAAAAUCUCACUGUCUUGAGGUUUUCUAAUCUGGUUUUUGAACCUCUGUGGAGUAGAACGUACAUACGCAAUGUGCAGGUCAUUUUUUCUGAAGAAACAGCUACAGAAAUACAAGGGAGGUACUUCGGAAAUUAUGGGAUAAUCCGUGACAUAGUGCAUAGUCACAUUCUUCAAACAAUAGCACUAUUUGCUAUGGAACCGCCUGUCAGUCUUGAUGGAGAAGAUAUCCGUGAUGAAAAGGUGAAGGUGCUACGAUCAAUUCGAAAAGUGGAUUUUGAGGAUGUCGUCCUUGGUCAACUCAAAGAUACCUCUGGUAAAGUCGACAGACAUACAAAAUCAAUGACACCAACCUACUUUGCUGCCGCUAUGUACAUUGACAAUGCACGUUGGGAUGGGGUACCGUUUUUGAUCAAGACUGGAAUGGGACUUAUGAAGAAUAGAGCUGAGAUCCGUAUUCAAUUUCGUCAUGUCCCUGGCAAUAUCUACCGUGAACGUAUUGGUCAUGACAUAGAUCUUGACACAAACGAGCUGGUUUUGCGUGACCUACCCGAAGAAGCCAUUCUCUUGAAAGUCAACAAUAAGGUCCCGGGACUUGGGCUCCAGUUGGAUGCUUCAGAGCUCAACCUGCUUUACAGGGAUAGGUACGACGUUGAAGUUCCAGGUUCAUAUGAGCAUCUUCUUCUGGACGUGCUAGAUGGCGACAAUCAUCUAUUUAUGCGCAGUGAUGAGUUAGCUGCUGCAUGGAACGUGUUAGCUCCAGUAAUUCAUGAGAUCGAUCAGAACAGGGUUGCUCCUGAGCUUUACGAGGCUGGGGAUAAAGGACCUGUUAACGCUUACUAUCUCGCUGCUAAACAUGGAGUCCGAUGGGAUGAUGACUGGUGAGCUGAUAGUGUGUGUCGUCCAGUAAUCUCUCCCGGAGAUCUAGUGUAAAACCUUCUCUAACAAAACCUGCUGGAUAAACUUCAACAACAAAUGCAAGUUAUUUUCUGCUU